CGCUGUGGCCGCGGAGGAGGCGCGGCUCCCUAGGCGGCGCGGGCAGGGCCGGCGGCGAGAGCAGCGCCGACAGCCGGGCCGGGCCGCGGGAGGACCUGCGGGGGCGGCUGAGGCCCCGCGGCGCGGCCGCCGAUGAAGCUGAAGAAGCAGGUGACGGUGUGCGGGGCGGGGGUCUUCUGCGUGGCCGUCUUCUCGCUCUACCUGAUGCUGGACCACGUGCAGCGCGACCCCGCGCGGCCCCUCCACGGGGGGCACCUUCCGCGGAGCCAGAUCUCGGCGCUGCAGAGCCGCAUCGAGCAGCUGGAGCAGCUGCUGGAGGAGAACCACGAGAUCAUCAGCCGCAUCAAGGACUCCGUGCUGGAGCUGACGGCCGGCCACGAGGGGCGGCCCGCGCCGCUGCCGGUCCAGCUGCCCAACGGCUCCUGGGCGCUGCCCCCCGACGGCCGGCCCGGCUUCUACUCCGUUGCGCCCCGCGACUGCCGGCCCGGCCCGCGCGCCGCCGGCCCCGAGCCCGACCUGCAGAUGCUGGCCGUGUCGGCGUUGCUCCCCUACGACAACCAGGACGGCGGGGUGUGGAAGCAGGGCUUCGACAUCACCUACGAGCCCCACGAGUGGGACGAGCAGCUGCUGCAGGUCUUCGUGGUGCCCCACUCCCACAACGACCCAGGCUGGAUCAAGACGUUUGACAAAUACUAUGUUGACCAGACACAGCACAUUCUGAACAAUAUGGUGGUGAAGCUGCAGGAAGACCCACAGCGGCGCUUCAUCUGGUCUGAAAUCUCCUUCUUCUCCAAAUGGUGGGACAACAUCAGUAGCCAGAAACGGGCUGCAGUCCGCAGGCUUAUAGGGAAUGGGCAGCUUGAGAUGGCCACAGGAGGCUGGGUGAUGCCAGAUGAAGCUAAUUCCCACUAUUUUGCCAUGAUUGACCAGCUCAUUGAAGGGCAUCAGUGGCUUGAGAAGAACAUUGGGGUGAUGCCACGCUCCGGCUGGGCGGUGGAUCCCUUUGGUCACAGUGCCACGAUGCCGUAUCUCCUGCGCCGGGCUAAUCUGACCAGCAUGCUCAUCCAGCGUGUCCACUAUGCAAUCAAGAAGCACUUUGCAGCUACCCAGAACCUCGAGUUCCUGUGGAGGCAAAGCUGGGAUCCAGACUCCAGCACAGACCUCCUCUGCCAUAUGAUGCCUUUCUACAGUUACGACGUGCCUCACACUUGUGGGCCCGACCCGAAAAUCUGUUGCCAAUUUGACUUCAAGAGGCUGCCGGGUGGGCGCAUCAACUGCCCCUGGAAAGUCCCUCCCAAGGCCAUCACCAACAGCAAUGUGGCUGAGCGGGCACAGCUUCUGCUUGACCAGUACCGGAAGAAGUCCAAGCUGUUCCGAAGCAACGUCCUGCUGGUGCCCCUGGGAGAUGACUUCCGCUAUGACAAGCCCCAGGAAUGGGAUGCCCAGUUUCUCAACUACCAGCGUCUCUUUGACUUCCUGAAUGCCCACCCAGAGCUGCAUGUGCAGGCGCAGUUUGGGACGCUCUCAGACUAUUUUGAUGCCCUCUACAAGCAGAUGGGUGUUGUUCCGGGCAUGCGCCCACCUGGCUUCCCAGUGCUCAGUGGGGACUUUUUCUCCUACGCAGACCGGGAGGACCACUACUGGACAGGCUACUACACUUCCCGGCCUUUCUAUAAAAGCAUGGGCCGAGUGCUUGAGGCCCAUCUCCGGGCUGCUGAGAUCUUGUACAGUUUGGCCCUGAGUCACGCCCGCCAUGCUGGCAUGGAGAGUAAGUACCCGCUGUCCGAUUAUGCCAUGCUCACAGAUGCCCGGCGCAAUCUGGGACUCUUCCAGCAUCACGAUGCCAUUACUGGCACUGCCAAGGAAGCUGUGGUGGUGGACUAUGGUGUCAGACUGCUUCACUCCCUGAUGAACACCAAGCGGGUCAUCAUCAAUGCUGCCCAUUACUUGGUCCUGGCAGACAAGGAGGCCUACCACUACGACAUGGCAGUGCCCUUCCUUGGCGCAGAUGAGACCCGUCUCAAUCAGGAUUCCCUGCCAGAGAAAAUAGUGAUCAAACUGGAUACCACACCCAGAUUUGUGGUUGUGUUCAACCCCCUGGAGCAAGAGCGCCUGACCGUGGUGUCCCUGCUGGUGAAUACUCCUCGGAUCCGUGUCCUGAAUGAGGAAGGACAGCCCCUAGCUGUGCAGCUCAGUGCCCAGUGGAGGUCUGCCACAGAUAUGGUGCCUGAUGUCUUCCAGGUGUCCGUCAUAACACGCCUGCCGGCGCUGGGCCUCACCAUCCUGCAACUGGUCAAGUCUUUUGACAGCCACAACACACUGAAAUCUUCUGUGCGCCUCUUCCUGCAUGGCCGUGACUUUGCUGUGCACAAGCACGAAGCCUUCCCCGUGCAGGUCCUGCCCUCUGCCACGGACGACUUCUGCCUGGAGAAUCAGCACAUGAGGGCUUGCUUCUCUGGGCCUAGUGGCUCACUCAAGAGCGUGCGUCAUGCUGGCGACAGGCAGGAGCAGCAGCUAAGCAGCCAGUUCCUCACCUACGGGACCCGGAGCACCAAGGACAGGAGUGGCGCCUAUCUUUUCCUGCCUGAUGGCGAAGCUAAGCCGUACAUCCCCAAGGACCCUCCGGUGGUGCGGGUGACCGAGGGGCCCUUUUUUUCAGAAGCAGCCAUUUACUACCAGCAUGUCCAAGAGGUGGUCCGGCUCUACAAUGUGCCGGGGGUGGAUGGCCUGUCUCUGGAGAUCUCCUGCCUGGUUGACAUCCGAGACCAUGUCAACAGGGAACUGGCCCUGCGCUUCAGCACCAGCAUUGAGAACAAGGGCAGUUUCUUCACUGACCUAAAUGGCUUUCAGAUGCAGCCCCGGCAGCACCUGAAGAAGCUGCCACUCCAGGCCAACUUCUACCCCAUGCCGGUCAUGGCCUACAUCCAGGACACGCAGAGCCGCCUGACUCUGCACACAGCCCAGGCCUUGGGGGCUUCCAGCCUCAGCAGCGGCCAGCUGGAGGUGAUUUUGGACCGGCGCCUCAUGCAGGAUGAUAACCGUGGACUGGGACAGGGUCUGAAGGAUAACAAGCGGACCUGGAACCGCUUCCGCCUCCUGCUGGAGCGACUCAGCCCCGCAAACAAGAGCUCCGGCUUCUUUUCCAAACUGGCCUCCGUGCUGAGAGAUUUGGUCUUCCCAGGCAGCAAGGCUGGAAGCCCGGAGGCCCAGGAGAAUCAGCCCAUGAGCUUUCCGUCUCUGCUCAGCCACAUGACCUCCAUGCACCUGAACGUAGAGGUUCUGGCCAUGCCGCUGGCCCAGGAAAGGCUUCCCCCCCCAGCACUGAAGUCUUUUCUGCCCCUUUUGACCACCGUGCCCUGCGACUUCCACCUUCUCAACCUUCGAACAUUGCAAGGGGAGGAUGAUUCUUUGCCGUCGACCGAGAUCGCUCUGAUCCUGCACCGGAAGGGCUUUGACUGUGGCCUGGAGGCCAGGAAUCUGGGCUUCAAUUGCACCACCACCCAGGGCGUGCUCUCCCUCAGCAGCCUGUUCCAGGGUCUGGACCUGAUCUCUCUGCAGCCCUCCUCCUUGACGCUGAUGUAUCAACUGGCCACAGCCUCCCCCAACAGCACCACUGUCCACCUUGACCCCAUGGAGAUUGCCACCUUCCGUCUUCGCCUUGGGUAGCCCAGACGGAACUUCACUGGGAAUGGCGAUACCACCUGUGGACCGUCUUCCUCUUCUGGCCCAGCUGCACCAAAGGAUGUCAUCGCUCCACACCAGACGGAUACAAAGAUGAGACACUUGGGCAGCUGCCUCCUUGAUGCCGCAGAUAGCCUAGGGUGCCUUCUGUGCCUGGAGGACUCAUGGCACUGCUUCCAGAGCUUGCUCUUUGCUUAGCACAGAGGGCACCGGGCUAUGCUGUGAGGGGAGAUGGCUGACAUUGUUUGAGCAACAGUGAAGACCCCUGCUUCUGCUCCUCCCUUGCUCCGGGAACCAUCUGUUCAUUUGGUUUGACAGCUCCCGACAUGCAGGACAGAUGCAAUGGUGCAGCAAACAUGGUGGAACAGAAGGCAGGGCGAGCAAGGCUCUGCAGCUCAAAGCAAAGCCCUUGUCUCUGGACCUGCACUUCCACCUGAAAGUGAGAGCGAGAAAGGGGCUGGAGGCCUGCAACCAGGGGUUGGGGGGGGCAAUCUGCUCAGGGUCAGGAAGCAGCUGCCCACAUCUUUUCUUCAGGAUUAUUUCCCCAGAAUGUGCAUUCCCAAAAGAGAAAUGCUGACAGCUAUGGAGGGAAGGGAAAAGCACCUGUCUGUGAUCCAAGCAAGGCGCUGUUCCAGAAUCUCUGCUGCAGCUUGAUCGCAGACAGCCUUUAGCUAGCACAAAACCGAGUCCGCACAAAGGGCUGCCAUUUCACUUGGGAUGCAGACAGAGAACUCUCUACGUUUAUCUGCUCCCUUCCCUGCCUUGAACUCAAGAGGAGGGCCUACUGCUGGUUGCGGUUAAUAGAGCCAGAUGGCUCAGCGACUCUGUUCCCUUCUGAACGGCAAUGCCAAUGCUGCCAUCCUAGCUGCAGAAGCGGGGAAAACGCAGCUGAGGAGCUGCUCUUGCCCCAGCCACGCCUUCGCCCUGGCCAAGGGACUUCCAUGCUGUCUUCGGGAUGCGCUACCUGGGUUCUCACGGCACACCAAACAGCGCAUUUGGCAUAGCACUUGUGUGUGCAGCCCAUGUGCUUAGUUUACGGUUGAGUGUGUCUUGCAAACCCAGAAAAUGCAUUGGAGUAAACCGUGAUUCAGCUAGCUCUGGGCAAGCAUACUUUGGGAAGAAAGCCACUAUGAUUCUGGAGGGCCUCUUGCAAAUCCGGUGCCAUUGAGGCCUGCAGGACUGUUGCGGCUUUUGUCAAGGUGGGGAGGGUGUAGCCCCUGCCGUAAAACCACUUUUGAUCUUAGGAAGCUGCUCCUCCCUUUCAGGCACCUGCCUCAAUUUCCAAUUGCCACGGGGACAACCUGGAAGUGGUCAGAGGCGGCACCAAGCACAUUUCUCUCUGCUCUUCACCUGUUUCAUUUCUGCAAGGUUAUGUCUUUGCAAGUGUUCUUCUCCAGAUGUAGUAUGUUUAUAAACAUGUUAACGGGUGGGCUGUCACUCCUAGGUCAUAGUUUCUUACUAGUUAGACAGCUGGUGUAAAUAGGCCUUAAGAAGUCUACCUGCCCAUAGGCACAGUUUUCAGCAUGUGAUGCAAGAGUUGUAAGUAAUGCAUAUGACAAAUGCUAAAAAGCCUAAAUUAGACUUUGGAAUCUCUCUUAGUUUACAGGGAUGUUGAUUACAUGACGAGGCAGCGGGGAAAGCAAGCCAGUGUUUUCUGUGUUGCUCAAUUUGUGCUGCAUUAACUCAAUGAACAGGAUGUGAAAGUG